UGUGUGUCUGUGUGAGCGGAGCGGAGCAGGGCUGUAGGGGGAGAGACACACACACAGCCCCCACUCCCCACAUCAUCACUCUCCGGCAGGGAAUACCAGCCACUACUCCCGCAGUCCACUAACAACCGGGGAAAGGGAGAAAAGGACCUUUAAAAAACAGCGGAUUGUUAUGGAUGAUUAUCUGUAAUAUCUUCUGGAAGGAGCGAGCUUUUUUUUUUUUUACAAGUUGUCUUAAGUUAGGGUAGCUUUUAUCUGGCUAACACGGUUCAUCGCUGUGCGUUAGCUUGUCGGCUAGCUCAGAACUUUAGGGUUAGCUAGCUUAGCUAACCAUAGUUCGCAACGGUUCGCCGUUAAUGUAACUUAGUUAGCUAGCUAGUAAACUUGGGUUAACGUUAAAGUAAACGUUUUACAAACAGAUUUAUUAUGGUAAAAAAACAUGUUAACACAGUCGUUAGCUAAUCAUUUAAGUUGUCUUUAUUAUUCUAGACCUGUCUAAGUUAGCUAACGCUAGCUAGAUUCUAGUUUGUAAGCAAUACAAACACCGCUAGCGCGCUAACGUUAACGUUAGCUAGCAUACGUUAAUGUACUGCUGCUGUAGGGACAGCUAACGUUAGCUAGCGAGUUUACUAGCUAACCUAACGUAUUUACCACCAUUGCAGCUUAUGUCGCGCUGAGGAGCAGUUUUAUUUCUGAAAAAGACACUUUUUUGGUUAUGAACUAACACUGUUCAAUAAGAACAGAACCACUUUUGUGUAAAAGUGACAUUGGGUUUCUGGCCAGGCUAGGUUUGUUGAGUUUUGUUGAGUACAUUCUCGAUGGUACCUAGCUUGGUUCUUGCAGCGAACGUAGCUAACGGUAGCUAGGUUUGCUAGUUCACUUCAUCUUAAUGCCGCACGAUUUAAAUUUGGCUUAAGACUUUUUCCUUCAGACUCAGACAAACUUUAACUUAAAAAAUGUAGCUGAAAUUCUUAAUUGACCGCUACAGUGAUUCUCAAAGCAGCGAUAAGAUAGCCAGCUAGCUAAUGUAGUUUCAACGCACAAUGGUUCGCUGCUGCAGAUGAAUGGGGUCAUGAACUGUUUUCUUAUGUAGCCGAGCUAAGCUAGCUAGCUGCCUGCUGAGCCCCACCAGCGACGUGGCUCAGCGAUCACUUUUCAUGUUAUUGUUUUUUAGUUGCAGUCAUAUUCUGUCACAUUCGGGUUAAGGAAGGGCCCACCCUCCUCGUUUAAACCAUGUCGGGGGAAGUUCGUUUGAAAAAGCUAGAAAAGAUGAUGCUGGACGGCCCUGUCCAGUCUAAUGUGCAGUGUUUCAGCGUCGAAGCGCUUCUGGAUGUUCUGGUUUGCCUUUUUGACGAGUGUAACAACUCUCCACUGAGAAGAGAGAAGAACAUAGCCGAGUUCUUGGAGUGGGCUAAACCAUUUACAUCUAAAGUGAAGCAGAUGAGACUGCACAGGGAAGAUUUUGAGAUCUUGAAAGUGAUUGGCAGAGGAGCGUUUGGGGAGGUUGCAGUUGUGAAGGUGAAGAAUUCAGACAAGGUGUUUGCCAUGAAGAUUCUCAACAAAUGGGAGAUGCUGAAAAGAGCUGAGACUGCAUGUUUUCGGGAGGAGCGUGAUGUUCUGGUAAAUGGGGACAGUCAAUGGAUCACCACAUUGCACUAUGCCUUUCAGGAUGACAACUUUUUGUAUCUGGUAAUGGAUUACUAUGUGGGUGGUGAUCUCUUGACCCUGCUGAGUAAGUUUGAGGAUCGCUUACCUGAAGACAUGUCCCGUUUCUACCUGGCUGAGAUGGUUCUUGCCAUUGACUCUGUACAUCAGCUGCAUUAUGUCCACAGAGACAUCAAGCCAGACAACAUUCUAUUGGAUGUAAACGGACACAUUCGGUUGGCUGACUUUGGCUCCUGCCUUAAACUGAUGGAGGAUGGAACGACAGCUCGGCAGGAUUUCCCCCUUUCCUCCGACAAGACAAGAGUGCAGUCUUCUGUGGCAGUUGGCACUCCAGAUUAUAUCUCUCCUGAGAUCCUGCAGGCCAUGGAGGAUGGCAAGGGCAAAUAUGGCCCUGAAUGUGACUGGUGGUCCCUGGGCGUCUGCAUGUAUGAAAUGCUGUAUGGGGAAACCCCCUUCUAUGCUGAAUCCCUGGUGGAGACUUACGGCAAGAUCAUGAACCACAAGGAGCGGUUCCAGUUCCCUGUCCAAAUCACGGAAGUAUCUGAGAAUGCAAAAGACCUGAUCCGCAGACUCAUUUGCAGCAGGGAGCACAGGCUAGGUCAGAACGGUAUCCAUGACUUCAAGCAGCACCCCUUUUUCACUGGCAUUGACUGGGACAACAUCCGCAACUGCGAUGCACCAUACAUCCCUGAAGUCAGCAGCCCUUCUGACACCUCCAACUUUGAUGUUGAGGAUGAUUGUCUCAAGAGCUCGGAGACUAUGCCUCCUCCUUCUAUAACAGCCUUCUCUGGACACCAUCUCCCGUUUGUAGGCUUCACCUAUACCAGUCAGUGUAUUCUGUCCGACCGUGGGUGUCUGCGUGAAUCUACAGCUCCUGUGCCGAUGGAUGUUUGUGUGCAGCGGAGUUUAGAGGAGAGCUUGGCCACUGAGGCGUACGAGAGAAGAAUUCGCCGUCUAGAGCAGGAGAAACUGGAACUCAGCCGGAAACUACAGGAGUCCACUAAGACUGUGCAAAAUUUGCAGUACCCCAGUGCAGAAGGUUCUGGCUCAGCUAACAGGGAAUUUGAAAUUCGGGGGCUGAAGGAGGAGAUUGAGACUUUGAGGAAGCAGAUUGCAGACUCUGGCCAGUUGGAGCAGCACUUGGAGCAAGCCAGUACAGCUCACAGGGACUUUGAGGAGUCCACCAAACAUAUUCGUUCUUUAGAAAAACAGUUAAAAAGUAUAAAGCAGGAAAAAGAAGACACACAUAAGGAACUGUUACAAUCUGGAGAGAAACUAAAGGCACAGGCAAAAGAGCUUAAGGAAGCAGACAGCCAGAGGAAGCUGGCUAUGCAUGAGUUUUCUGAGAUGAGUGAGAAGAUGACAGACCUGCGGUCCCAAAAACAACGUCUCUCACGCCAGCUCCGGGAUAAAGAGGAGGAGAUGGAUGCAGUCAACCAGAAGCUGGAGGCCCUGCGUCUGGAAAUUCGCAAGGCAGAACGGGCAAGAAAAGAGAUGGAGACCCAGGCUGAGGAGCGGGCUGCUGAAGCUCAGAAAGAGAAGAAGCUGAGGGAGCGCAGUGAACAGUACAGCAGACAGCUCGAAGAAGAACUGGAAGGAGUAAAGCAGAAGCAGGUUGGUCGUUCUCCAGCAGCUGGGGCCUCCGAGCAACACCAGGAGCUGAGUAAGCUUCGUGCAGACCUGGAGAAGAAGACCUUGUUCUAUGAAGAAGAGCUGUCUCGCCGUGAUGUGCAGCACGCCAACGAGCUGAAGAAUCUUAGGAAGGAACUGCGUGAUGCUGAAGCCCAGCAGGUCUCUCUGAAGAAAGAGGUCAUGAUGCUGAAGGACAAGCUGGAUAAGACUCGCAGAGAAAGUCAAACGGAACGAGAAGAGUUUGAGACAGACUACAAGCAGAAGUAUGAGAGGGAGCGAAUCCUGCUGACUGAGGAGAACAAGAAACUCUCCAGUGAAUUAGACAACUUGACAGCCUCGUAUGAAAAGCUGAGCUGCAGUAACAAGCAGCUGGAGGAGGAAAUGAGGGAGCUGGCUGAUAAGAAAGAGAGUGUGGCCCACUGGGAGGCCCAAAUCACAGAGAUCAUCCAGUGGGUGAGUGAUGAGAAGGAUGCACGUGGCUACCUUCAGGCUCUGGCCACCAAGAUGACUGAAGAGUUGGAAGGCCUCAGGAACACUAGCCUUGGGGCACGCUCUACGGACAUGCCUUGGAAGAUGCGACGCUUGGCCAAGUUGGACAUGUCUGCCCGUCUGGAACUGCAAUCUGCACUUGAUGCGGAGAUUAGAGCUAAACAAACCAUUCAGGAUGAGCUCAACAAAGUCAAGGCGUCAAACAUGGCCACUGAGUGCAAACUCCAAGAAUCUGAAAAGAAGAACCAGAACCUGCAGGGGGAGAUUGAUGGACUUAAACGAGAUAUGGAUGAUUUGCGGACGUCUAGGGGUGUGAAGCAUCAAGAUUCCCAGAACUCUUUCCUUGCAUUCCUCAAUGCUCCAACCUCUGCCCUAGAUCAGUUUGAUCGAUCUCCUGCCUGUGGCCCAGCCAGCAAAGGCAGACGUAUUGACUCCAUCGAUAACUUCAGUCUUUCCAACACACCUUCCAGGGAUGAGGACCGAAAGUCCCAGCUGAUGUCCCGCUCUCACUCUCCUUCCAACACCAGCGACAUGGAGCCCCUUGAGGUGGUGGAUCAUCCACAGAGAGGCACACAGACUCCUACUAUGCAAUCUGGGGGAUACAGCAGCACCACACCUAAGCCUAAAGCUCACCAGUUUGUUGUAAAGUCUUUCAACACUCCCACUAAAUGUAACCAGUGCACCUCUCUGAUGGUGGGACUCAUUCGACAGGGCUGCACGUGUGAAGUCUGUAACUUCUCAUGUCACGUGACAUGUGCAGACAAAGCUCCUGCAGUGUGCCCUAUCCCCCAAGACCAAAUGAAAGGGCCCCUGGGUAUUGAUCCUCAAAAGGGUAUUGGAACGGUUUAUGAGGGCCAAGUCAGGGUACCAAAGCCCGCAGGGGUGAAGAAGGGCUGGCAGAAGGCUCAUGCUGUUGUGUGUGACUUUAAGCUUUUUCUCUACGACCUGGCAGAGGGAAAGGCAGCUCAGCCCAGUGUAGUCGUUAGCCAGGUUAUCGACAUGAGGGAUGAAGAUUUUUCAGUCAGCUCAGUAUUAGCAUCUGAUGUCAUCCAUGCCAACAGGAAGGACAUUCCCUGUAUUUUCAGGGUCACUGCGUCUCAGCUCUCUGCCUCUGGCAAUAAGAAGUGCUCCAUCCUGGUUCUGGCUGAAAGUGAUCAGGAGAAGAAUAAGUGGGUGACUGUGCUGAAUGAGCUGCAUCGUCUCCUGAAGAAGAACAAACUGAAAGAGCGCUUUGUCUAUGUGCCUAAAGAAGCUUACGACAGCACUCUGCCUCUCAUCAAAACCACCCAGUCUGCUGCUAUUAUAGAUCAUGAGAGAAUAGCCCUGGGCAAUGAAGAAGGGCUCUAUGUUAUCCACGUCACCAAAGAUGAGAUCAUUAAGGUUGGGGAUAGUAAAAAGAUCCACCACAUCGACCUAAUCCCCUCUGAGCAGUUACUGGCUGUGAUCUCUGGACGUAACCGUCACGUGCGUCUCUUUCCCAUGGCGGCCCUGGAUGACCGAGACACAGAUUUCUACAAGUUGCCCGAGACUAAGGGCUGUCAGACUCUGGUCUCCGGCACAAUACGACAUGGAGCUCUCACCUGCCUGUGUGUGGCCAUGAAGAGACAGGUCAUAUGCUAUGAGCUGAACAAGUCUAAAACACGGCACCGGAGGUUAAAAGAGCUGCAGGUUCCCGGAGUGGUGCAGUGGAUGUACCUGCAGGGAGAUAAGCUGUGUGUUGGUUACCAGGCUGGAUUCUUGCGCUAUAACCUUCAGGGGGACGGGCCUCCCGCAAACCUGCUCCAUCCAGAGGACCACACCCUGGCCUUCAUUGGGCAGCUGGGUCUGGAUGCACUGUGUGCUGUGGAAAUCUCUAGUAAAGAGCUGCUAUUGUGCUUCAGCAGUAUUGGAGUUUACGUGGACUGCCAAGGGCGGCGCUCACGCCAGCAGGAGCUAAUGUGGCCAGCUGUGCCAACUGCGUGUUGUUAUAAUGCACCUUACUUGUCGGUGUACAGUGAGACUGCUGUGGAUGUGUUUGAUGUGAACACUAUGGAAUGGAUUCAAACCAUUCCUCUGAAAAAGGUUCACCCUCUGAACACAGAUGGUUCUUUGAACCUGCUGGGGCUAGAAACAGUUCGGCUUAUCUACUUCAAAAACAAAACAGCUGAGGGAGACGAGCUGGUGGUUCCAGAGACAUCUGAUAACAGCAGGAAGCAGAUGGUGCGCAGUAUGACGAGUAAACGCCGCUUUUCCUUUAGAGUGCCAGAGGAGGAAAGGCUGCAGCAGCGGAGAGAAAUGCUUAGAGAUCCCGAGAUGAGAAAUAAGCUGAUCUCAAAUCCGACUAAUUUCAACCACGUUGUUCAUAUGGGCCCAGGAGACGGGAUCCAAAUACUUAAAGAUUUACCAAUGCCAGGGUCUCCUCUCCCUUCUCCUCACCUGCGCAUCAUCUCUACCCCCACCAGCUUUGAGCAUGUCUAUCACAUGACUGUUACCUCUGCCGACAACUUCCUCUCCCAGGAUUCCCCUCUCUCUUCCCACUCCCCAUCCCUAAAAUCUGCUCCUGGGACCCCUGCCUCCAUCUGCUCUCUGAAUCUGCGUCCUCAGGAGAGCCGCGGAGUUCUGGGUGGCUCCGUCAGCAUCCCCUCCAUCAGCAAGGCCAGACCUGAGCCCGGACGCUCCAUGAGUGCCAGCAGUGGCCUCGGCACACGUUCAUCCUCUCAGAACGGCAGCGCUCUGAGGCGGGAUUUCUCUGGCGGAAGUUAUGGCUCUACCAAGCGACAGGCACUGACCUCACCCUCAGAGGGCUCUCUUUCAUCGGGUGGGGGUGUGGAGUGUGCCGGAGAUGCCCCUCUAUCCCAGUUUGACAGAGAGUGGCAGGCAGUUUCGCCCACAGGCAAGACCCCUGAUGUGAAAAGGGCCUUAAGGACCCUGAUUAGUAAGAUAAAGGACUCAGAUUCACCACGUCACUCCACAGCCUCCAACAGCUCCAACCUCAGCAGCCCACCAAGUCCCUCAUCCCCACAUAAGAGCAAGUCCCAGUCCUUGGAGCGCAGCGAGCACCCAGGCUGGGAGACCUGAGGGUGGUCCGAGCAUUGCCCUCCACUCACCCACCCUGCUUGCUGGCCCUGCUGGUGGCCUCUAAAGCUUGAAGACCACCUCCCUUCCCCUCUUUCUUAGGUAAAAAAAAAGAGAGAAGAUAAGUGAUGACCCCAAUGACUCCCAGAAGGAAUUUCCUACACUACAUUUAAGGUGGUCCGUUUGUAGCUCCUGCAGAUUUGCUGCUGAUUGGGCUGUUGGGUUUCUACACUACAGUAUGCACAUUUAAACUACACCCAAGCCUUUUUAAGCCUCGCUUUGGCAUCACUGUUUUUUCCCAACAAAAGACAGCCGUUGAAAAUCUGAACUAGUGCUUCAUGCGUGGAGGACAGGGGAAAAACUUUUUAAAAAUGCAAACAUUGCCCUCUAGUGGGCUUUAUUUUAUUUUAUUUUAUUUUUUUGAGGGACGAAACAUGCAGUGUUUUCCUAUUCAGAGGUUUAAAUGGUUUAGACGUUUUAAUAAUUUUUUCUGCCCAGGGCAAUAAUAUUUUAAACUAAACAUUAUUAAGACAUUCAAUAAUUAAUAUACCUAUACCUCCCUGACAAAAAAAAAACACUACAGUCAAUACACUCUUACACAUUCUUAUUUUCAGCAAGAACAUGGUGAAUUCAGAGAGAGCGGUUGGAAAUAGCUUAUUAAACGCUUUUUAAACAAACAAUGGAGACAAGACGGUGUACAAUAAGAUUGUCCCAGCCUUGGCACUACACUAAACCCAACCUCUGCACUCUGAUGAUCGAGUGAUUGAUCUUUCACAUGCAAAGCUCAGAAUGCUCAGAAUUCAGUAGAAAUGGGCUGAGUUUAAUGAUGUAUAUAGAGUUUAAGUAGAGUAUAAUAUAUUAUGAUAACACAUUAUAUCGUUAACAAAACAAAGAAGAAGAAAGAAGUGCGGCUUGGGGAGGUUUUUUUUUUUUUUUGGCUUUGCAUGUCAAAGCAUUGGACAUUGAUGAUGCAGCCAAGUAUCUGGCUGGAUGAAUGAAUUGUUAGGGCAAUGUUAGAUAUACUGUAUCCAAGCAGAACAGUGCAGGAACAGUGCAGGAACACCCGGCACCAGAAUGCACGUUUAAAUGGAUGCGGACGUGUAUGAUUACACACGGGAACAUGUUACACAAGUAUAAAAACACACACCGUCCCAUAUAAAGGGUCACAUAAGCCUUGCAGUGAAUGUAUAGAAGACUUCUUGCAGCCUUCAUCUUCCUCUGCGUCCUGUACUUUCCUCUCGUGUGCUUCAUUGACCGUUCCUUUACCGGAGCAAUAAUGCUGUUUCCAAAGAAUUGAAUUUUUGUUUUUAAAGUGGUUAUUACAGUUUUUGUCUGUUUUUUGUGUUCCAUUCUGUUUGUGUUUAAGAAGUGUGUUUUUUUUUUAAUGACUCAUACUGAACACAGAAACCAAACGUAGCCUGUGUACAUCCCACAUGUGUACAUGUAUGUAUACAUAUAAUGCAUAACCUUUAUGUUACCACUACUUUUAUUAUGACACUAAAGUCACUGCGGUGUGACACUCAGAAAUCAUAACACGUUUAAGCUUUGGAGAGCAUCUCCACACGGGAGCGUUCAGAAGCUCUCCCUCAAUCUCACUGGUGCAUAUAUAAAUAUAUAUCUGAUGCCUCUACUUCUGCUACUUCCAGUAGCUACAGUAAUGACACAAUGGGGACAGUGAGGGAAAGAUGUAGUUCUGUUACUGAUGUUGUUGGAAAAUAAAUGCAUUGUUAAAAUGGGUUCAGCACAGAAAUACCACUAACGCUGUUGGAGCAACAAUUCUUUUUUAUAAUCUUCAGGGAAUGUCUAGAUUGCAAAGUCUGAUGACUAUCAAGCUUCCCUGGAUACCUCACUCACAUACCUCAAGUUAGUGAGGAAAGCCAUUCACUGUAAUACAAGCGGACUGACUCACUGUCAUCUUCAACAGAUACACACUAUCCUCUCAUUCCAGACACUACAGUGUGAUGUGGCAAUUUUUUUUUUAGGUUUCUUUACAUUUUUUGUUUUUAUUUGUUUUAGGUAUAUAUUUAUGCCUAUAUAUUUUCAGGAGUGCGUUGUCUUCAUCUGAUGGCCUAAGUAGCACAUUGAAUAAUAAUAAUGAUUCCUUUCAUGACACAAACAAACUCCGUUCACACCAGGUCACUUCAUGCAUUGAGUACCAAGCUACAUACAAAUACACACAGUGUAAACACACUCAAAUCUAAUAACAGUCUGAUGACUCAAAUACAAACACGCAAACAACCAAAACUCCUACAUGUACAAUUAAACAUCAGUAAUAACAUUAUUAAUAUAAUAGCAGUGUAAACACCUCCAUGUCUCCAAAAUACAUUUAACCACUAAAACUACUACCAGUAAAACUAAAACACCAAUAACUGCAGUGCAACAAGCAUAUUUAUAUAUUCUCUACCACACAGCAAUCAGAUUUCAGUCUGACUAAUUGGAGAUUCAUUUAUUUACCAAUACUUGUUAUACUACCAAUACUCUGUAUGAUCGAAAUAUUAUCAAUAUACAAUCCAAAUACUAGUCACAUGAAGUGAACAAGUGUAAACGGGGGUCUUAGGGUCCAGUGAUCUAGGCUUUUGGAGCAAUUUUAAAAUUCCUAAAUUUCAAAUUUCAGGAUGUGUUUACGGGAUGAAUAGUGCAUGUUGAAGAGUAAAUAUUUACACUAUUAAUAAAGCACACGUGUGAGUAUGGAGAUCACAAAAGUAUGUAUUUACCUGAAAGUGUCGAGACAUUCGGAUUGAUUGUAAUAUGUGGUCAGUUUAUUGCCGCGGUUCUACGAAAACUCCAGAACAUCUUUUUGUAUUCUAUACUGUUCAGGGGUUGUUUCAUUAAACUCCAAGAUAGGUGAAUUAUCUAGAGGAUAUAAAGAGGACUGAGAGUCUGCUGAGAGAGCUCACGAGUGGAAAAACAAACCAGUACUAAACAGUCCACAAAGGAGUUUUCACACCCGUUUUUCUCACAACAGUAACAAUAAUUUUAUAUACCAUUAUGCAAACAUUCACACUUUCACUGUGGACCAGUCCAAUAAUCUUGGCACAUUGUGAUUCCUGUGUUUCUAAUGAAUGAAUUGCAGUGUGUGGAUUUGUGGUUUGGGACCUUGUGGUGUUACAUUGUUACAUUUAUUCCUACUGAAAUCUGAAUGACCAUACUCCGUAGUGUAAGCUUAAUGCAGAGUGCUUUGCCUUGUGGAACUGGGGCUAUGAUGGGUAGAAUGUUUGUACCACAGUGAGGGUAUGAUAUAUAACAGGAAGCCUGUUUGAGAUGUUACUCAGGUAUGUUAGAUGAUUACCAAUGAUUUAUUUUGUUACAUUGAGGAAUAGCGAGUGAGAGAACACGCUGACAGACUCGGCUCCUCCCGCGUCCUGUGUCUGUCAGUCCGUGUUGUUUUGGACUGUUAAUUAGCUGUGUAUAGGGCAACAUUAGAGGGAGGUGCCUUAGUUGAGCUCAGUGUAAAUGCUGGGAAGUGUAGGUAGGAAUGUGGGUUAGACUUUAGAGCAAAAUUGAGAGAAAAUUGAAAACACAACACACCUGCAUUUCCGUGAGAGUUUACUCUGCCUUGUAUGUUAACUGCUAUUUCAUAUCAUUCAUUAUAUUUCCUAGACUUUAAGGGUUUUUUGUAAGAAUGUGUACAGUUUUGCAUGUCAGGUGUAAUCACUUGUUUCAAAGAUUUCAAGGCUGGAUUUUUCCACUUGUUUUGUUUUAGCUUAUUUUAUUGAUGUGUGGUGUGGAAGUGUGGGAUGUAAAACAGGAGGAUGACCCAUUACUACUUUUUGUUUGUUUUCUUUUUUUGGCACAUGCUUAUUUAAGGUGGAAUGUCAUGGAGAUUAUAUUUAAUUACUCACCAUUCUUUUCACAUUGAGAACUCAAAUUGACUGAUGUAUUUCAAUAAAAUGGGGAGCUGUUACAAAAGUGAAUUUUA